AUGCCUUCAUAUACAUCGAUCCACCUUGCCGAACGGCCAGUGGACGCUGUUGUCGCCGGCAAAACCUUCACACCAAAGCAGCAAGAAGUUCCAUCGGCAUCGUCACUAAAAGAUGGCGAGGUACUUUUCCAGACACUCUACCUAUCACUUGACCCGGCUAUGCGCGGCUGGCUGAACCCAACGCGUUCUUACAUUCCUCCGGUUGAGAUUGGUGCCGUCAUGCGUGGUAGCGGUAUUGGCCUUAUCGUUGCGAGUAAGAGCAAGAAAUUCCCCGUCGGUACCUACGCGACUGGUAUGUGCGGAUGGUCCGAGUACUCGGUGCUGAAUGAGAAGCAUGUUGAGUCGUUGGAUCUGCCGGAGGGGGCUGUACCAACCGAUGCGCUGGGCGUAUUGGGAAUGACCGGCCUUACCGCCUACUUUGGACUCCUAGAAAUUGGCCAGGUCAAAGCUGGAGACUUUGUAGUCGUCAGCGGUGCAGCUGGCGCUACUGGAAGUGUGGUCGGUCAAAUCGCGAAGCUGAAGGGCGCCAAGGUUUUGGGUCUCGCUGGUGAGGACAGCAAAGUGUCAUGGUUGAAGGAGGAACUCGGCUUUGACGAGGCGCUGAAUUACAAGGACCCGGAGUUUGCAAAGAAGUUCAGGGCUGCAACCAAGGGUCUAAUCGACGUGUACUUCGACAAUGUAGGCGGAGAGAUCCUUGACCUUGCGCUCUCCCGAGCGAAGCCUUUCGCGCGCUUCGUCAUGUGCGGUGCCAUCUCCGAAUACAACAAGAAGAAGCCUCAAGGGCCAAAGAACUACAUGAUGAUCAUCUCAAUGCGCAUUCGUAUGCAAGGUUUCGUCGUCUUUGACUUCGCGGACAAGUACGCCGAGGCCAGGAAGCAGCUCGCUCAGUGGCUCUCAGAGGGCAAGCUCAAAAGGAAAGAGACAAUUAUCCAAGGAGGCAUCAACAAGGCCGAGGACGCGCUAGUGGGACUGUUCGAGGGAAAGAACACUGGCAAAAUCAUGGUACAGGUCGCAGAUCCUGAGGCAGUCAAGGCGAGGUUGUAG